AUGAGCAUAUUGAGCUGGAAUUGCCAAGGUUUGGGACAGUCUCAAGACUUGGUGAUUCCUCGUCUCAAGGAAUUGCGUAAAAAGCAUUUCCCUGAGAUUCUGUUCUUGAUGGAGACGAUGCAGUGUCGAGAUAGGUUGAAUGAUAUACAAUGUAUUCUGGGUUAUGACAAACUUCUCACAGUGGACCCUAUAGGAAAAUGUGGUGGUUUGGCUCUUAUGUGGAAAAGCAGUGUACAAUUGAAUAUAUUGUAUGAAGAUAAACAUAUCAUAGAUGCUCAAGUACAGUUUGGGGCAUCAAAUUUCUUUCUUUCCUGUGUUUAUGGGGAUCCGGAUUAUAGUAGUAGUGGUAUGGUGUGGGAAAGGCUUAGUAGGUUUGGAGUGGGUCGAAGGGACAGAUGGUGUAUGAUAGGAGACUUCAAUGCUAUUUUGCAUAAUGGGGAAAAGAUUGGAGGUCCUAGAAGAAGAGAUAAUACCUUCAAACCUUUUGCUGAGAUGCUUGAAGUGUGUGGCAUGGGGGAACUGGCUAGUAGUGGAAAUAUGUUUACUUGGGGAGGUAGAAGAAGUGAUCACUGGAUUCAGAGCAGACUGGACAGGGCUUUUGGAAAUAAAGAGUGGUUCUUAAAUUUUCCAGCUGCUAAUCAAGCUUUUUUGGAUAUGAGAGGAUCAGACCAUCGUCCAGCAUUGGUCAAGUUGAUGGAGUCUCAAGAGAAGUAUAGGGGCCAGUUUCGGUUUGACAGGAGGUUCCUGAAUAACAAAGAGGUUAAGAAAGCCAUUGAGAAGGCUUGGAAGCCAGGCUUAAAUGGAGAAGGAUACUAG